AACCUGGCGAGAUAAGGUGGCGUAUUUGAGGCGAGCUGACUCUCCUCGCGGCAGGAGUGAUUCUGCAACGAGACACGAGACAGCUUGUACAUGGGGAAACGAACUCACUUAACGCACGCCGCCCUCAUUCUGGGGUUGGCAGUGCUGGUUCCACAGUGUGUCUGCAAACCACAAGGCUGGAGCCUGCCGAAACUACCGCAGCUGCAGACACCUGUCAUCGCUCCAGGGCAGCUACCGUUCGACUGUGCGGAGCUGACUGUCGACCCCCGCAUACCGAAGUUUCUCAUCCAGGAACUCUGCAGCCAACCACCGGCCGAAACCGCGGCAGACGCUGCUGCUGAGGCCAAGGAUCAGGCUGAAACCGUCGAGACCAAAGUCCAGGAAGAAGCUGCUGAAAGCAAAGAUCAGGCAGAAGCUGCUGAGACCAAAGAUCAGGAAGAAGCCGCUGAGACCAAAGAUCAAGAAGAAGCCGCAGAGACCAAAAAUCAGGAAGAAGCCGCUGAGACCAAAGAUCAGGAAGAAGCCGCUGAGAUCAAACAUCAGGAAGAAGCCGCUGAGGCCAAAGAUCAGGAAGAAGCUGUUGAGACCAAGGUUCAGGAUGGGGCUGUUGAGGCCAAAGAUCAGGAAGAAGCAGAGAAUGCUGCCAAAGAAGUAGAGGCUGCAGAGGAGCCAGCGGCGAGGCGCUCGAGCAGCGAUGGUGCCAAGCAACCGGUCGAGGUGAUCGUGCCUUUCUUCCGCGUGGUCAUCCAGAAACUCAUCAGCCCAGACGCCAAGGUGGCGACCAGGGAAUUCUGGGCAAAGGCCUACCAGGAGGCAGGCUCUCCCAAGCUGGCCCGACACCCGACCUUCUUUGAGAUAGCGGCAGGCGUCCAGCAAGCUGUGGAGUCCUUCCGUAGCGAAGACUCUUGGCCUAAAGUGGUGCGCCUGAUCAAAGAUUUGACUUCAGACAAGCAGUGGAAGCGGCUAGAAGCGGUGCUGGCCGCCGCUCACGGGCGAGACCCUGCGAACCUCUGGAAAGCUCUGGGCGCUGCCAAGGCCUUGAAGGUGGCGCUCAAGUCUUCAAUAAAGGAGCCACAGUGCAGAGUGGAGGGUCCCAACCCUGACCCGGAAGACUGUCGCGAGUUCUUUGUUUGCUUCCGCCUGCAGGGUCGCUGGAAGUCCAAAGACGCCAAGUGCCCCAAGUACACAGAGUUCAGCCCCAGCCAGCUCAGAUGCGUCUGGGCGCCCUUCUCUGACUGCGUCGAGCAAUCUGACUCUGACUCUGGCUCUGACGAGGAUUCUGAAGAAUCCAGCAGAGAGGUUAUCGAGAGAAUUCUCAAGCACGGACCUGGUGCAUUCCAUGUCCAGUAACUCCACAACACUGUAAUUCGAGUAUGUUGUCAAUAAGAGUGUUUUCCUGCUGAAAGAAAUUCGACAUCUGAUUGAACAAUCGUCUCCUGCAGAGAUGUAUACAAUAAACUCCACCUAAAUAAA